UCUCUCCACCCUCUCUCUCUCUCUCUCUCUCUCUCUCUCUCUCUCUCUCUCUCUCUCUCUCUCUCUCUCUCUCUCUCUCUCUCUCUUUGCCUCUUUCACUCUCUCUCUCCCUUACUGUCUAUCUACCACCACACCACCUCCCUGUGGCAACGCCACGCAUCCUCCUCCUGACAUUUCCGCCCUGUCUUAUCGCCGUGGCAUCCGGCACGUACCGUCUUAAUCACGUACUCGGCACCUCGCCCCGGAAGCGGGAUCUCCAGCGUCUGUCGGAGGCACACUAGUCGGCGUCUUGGAGUGGAGCAUCUGCAUGAGGCACCCGUCCUGAAGAGGCUGAAGCAGUCUGCAGAGAUGUUUCGAGUGCUUGUCUUGGCCUGCGUCGCUGUGUCCUUGGUGCGCAGCGAGGAGCCGAGCGCCGCAACAGAGGCGUCGGAGAACUCAAGUGAGCCUGCGAAGUAAACCUGGGAAUGAAGAUCAAGCCGCAUGCAAGCAAGACGUUUCCCCUCAAGAAAAGCAUCAAGUUCGCCGUCAGAGGAGACGAACGACGAAAUGAAAGAAAUUUCACUGUGCACUUAUCUGACGCGGACAACAAUGCCCUCCUCGAUCUUUCCUUCGAGGAAAACGCCAUGCGUGUGAGAAUCCCGAUUCAGUUUCAGCUGCAAGACAACGAGUGGUCGAGCAUCUCCCUCUUCCUCGAAGACGCCGCGCUGCGCGUGCUCGGAGCUUCUUGGGACGUCGGCGUGACCUCGGUUGACGGCCUGAACAAUGUUACGGGGUUUCGGAUCGAAACCAUCCCAGGUAGCUACUUGGUGCUCAACGAAUGCGUUGAAGUUCCAGGAACAAGUAUUACGAAGGGAAAGAACAUAUUACUCUAUAUUUCUUUCGCUUUCAACUGCCUCCUGAUCCUAGUCAUCGGCGGCCUCUUAACGUACUUGGCCUUAGACCGCAACCUCGCCAGCGAGACGCACCUCGCCAUUUACUCGGAAGACCAGGACUCGGCGUUCGCGGAGACAGCUAGUCAUUUAUAGUUCAGCCCCGCGAAUGGCCCGUUCUGUCGCCCUCGCCCGUGUGCGGACGCGGCCGGCGAAGCGAAGGAGACAACUGACCAAGCAGGACCCCAGCGCGCGGCCCUCGCCCUCAGCUGAGGCCAUGGGAUGGAACGAGUCGCCAUGGCAGUCGGAAGAGGGCGAACGUGACUGACGUGCCCGGAUGCCACCACGCCAAAGACGCGUGCUGUGUCUAAUCAGUGAAUAAA